AGCCGCACCUGUCCCUCUACUGGACAGCCAGGAGCGGAAUUCCGGCAAGGGAAUGACGCGAGGGACUCCGCGCACCUUGGAGACCCUCGAAGCGCGCAGGGCGCACGACGCCAGCCCCCCUCCCGACCCCUCAAUCGCCCUGCGGAGCUGUCACCCCGGAUGCCUGGGGGAGGGGGCCCAGGAAGGGGAAGUGGCCGCUUCUGCUUCUGAUUAUGCUGUGGAUGGGGGCAGGGUGUCACGGCCGGGAUUCCCGCAGGGCAUCCCAGGGGCGUCAGGCCAGGGGGCGGCGGCAGAAGUGUGGCAAGAUCCGGCUCGUGUUUCCGGCUUUUUGUCUCUGUUGUAUGUCGAGUGUCAUUCAGUCCUGUCCCUCGUGGUUUCAACCGUCCCCGUGUGUGUUUAUGCCGCAGGCUGGGUGCCUGUCCGUCCCACGUGUGUUCCCAUCUGUCUGCCUUGGGGUCCAUGUGGCUCCAUUGUCAAGCCGGCCCUCUGCUCCGGGAUACUGUGGCAGCUGCAUCCGCGCGUCUGUUUUCUUGCUUUGCUUCUGGGCCCGCGCCUGUGUGGGUGUCUGCGACUGUGAGCCGCUGCCUCUCUGAUUGUGCCUGGGUCCAUCUGUCUGGCCUGAGAUGGUUCCACCGAAGCCCACUGUCCCAUCCCACACUAGUCUUGGACCAGAACUCAUUCAGGACUCCCUCCAGCUCCGGAAAGCAGGAAGAGAUACAGUGACAUCUUCCAGAGUCUGGACAACCUCGAGAUAUCACUGGGGAACGACCUUUGAGCCCCUGGCUGGAGACAUUAUAUUUACAGAAGACCUGGAACCUGACAAGGCUGCCACAGCCUCCGUGACCAAUGAAGCCAGCCGCUGGAAUGACCCCUCCCUAGAGGGUCCUGUACCCCUCACAGGGGAAGAACUAGACUUGCGACUCAUUAGGACUAAAGGGGGUGUGGAUGCCGCCCUGGAGUAUGCCAAGACAUGGAGCCGCUAUGCCAAGGAGCUGCUGGCCUGGACAGACAAAAGAGCCAGCUAUGAGCUCGAGUUCACUAAAAACAUCAUGAAGAUCGCGGAGGCAGGCAAGGUGUCCAUCCACCAGCAGAGCCAAAUGCCACUCCAGUACAUCUACACCUUAUUUCUGGAGCAUGACCUUAACCUGGGAGCCCUGGCCAUGGAGACAGUGACCCAGCAGAAGAGAGACUACUACCAGCCCCUGGCUGCCAAACGGAUGGAGAUUGAGAAAUGGAGGAAAGAAUUCAAGGAGCAGUGGCUGAAAGAGCAGAAGCGCAUGAACGAGGCGGUGCAGGCUCUGCGGCGGGCCCAGCUCCAGUACAUUCAACGCAGUGAGGACCUGUGGGCACGUUUACAGGGGUCCCCUGAGGACCUUCCUCCCCAGGCAUCUCCCGGACCCAGCAAACAGCAAGAGCGGAGAAGGCGCUCCCGGGAGGAGGCCCAAGCCAAGGCACUAGAGGCCGAAGCGCUGUACCAGGCCUGCGUUCGGGAGGCUAAUGCGCGGCAACAGGACCUGGAGACCACCAAGUGGAGGAUCGUGUCGCAUGUGCGAAAGCUAGUGUUGCAGGGAGAUGAAGUGCUUAGACGGGUGACGCUCGCCCUCUUUGGGCUGCAUAGAGCGCAGGCAGAGCGGGGACCCCGUGCCUUUUCCGCCCUGGCAGAAUGUUGUGAGCCCUUUGAGCCGGGCCAGCGGUACCAGGAGUUUGUGCGGGGCCUGCAACCAGAAGCCCCUCCGCCACUACCUCCUGCCUUCUGCUUCCAGGAGUUCACGCCUGCUGGGCACAGUUCCCCUCUGGACAUAAAAAAGAAGCUCUCUGGGCCCCCAGCUCCAAGGAUGGAGGAAGGUUGCUCUGAGCCCUGUCCUUGGGAGGAUGCCAGCUUAGGCAGCCAUGGCCCCACUCCAGGCAGUGAUGUGGACAGUGUGGGUGGUGGCAGUGAAUCCCGGUCCUUGGACUCUCCCACUUCCAGCCCAGGCACUGGCACUCGGCGGCUGGUAAAGGCCUCAUCUACAGGCACUGAGUCCUCUGAUGACUUUGAGGAGCGAGACCCUGACCUGGGGGACGGGAUAGAGAAUGGGCUGGGCAGCCCCUUCAGAAAAUGGACACUGUCCACAGCAGCCCAGACCCACCGUCUGCGACGGCUUCGGGGCCCAGCCAAAUGCAGAGAGUGUGAAGCUUUUAUGGUCAGCGGUACAGAGUGUGAGGAGUGUUUUCUGACCUGUCAUAAGCGCUGCCUGGAAACCCUGCUCAUUCUUUGUGGACACCGGCGGCUCCCAGCCCGGAUUCCUCUCUUUGGAGUUGACUUCCUACAGCUCCCCAGGGACUUCCCUGAGGAGGUGCCCUUUGUGGUCACCAAGUGCACAAGUGAGAUAGAGCAUCGAGCCCUGAGCAUUCAGGGUAUCUACCGGGUCAGCGGGUCCCGGUUGCGAGUAGAGCGACUGUGCCAGGCCUUUGAGAAUGGUCGUGGGCUGGUGGAGCUGUCAGGAAACUCUCCUCACGAUGUCACAAGUGUCCUCAAGCGGUUUCUUCAGGAGCUCACCGACCCUGUGGUCCCCUUCCACUUCUACGACGCCUUCAUCUCUCUGGCAAAGACCCUGCAUGCAGACCCUGGGGACGACCCUGGGACCCCCAGCCCCAGCCCUGAGGUUAUCCACUCGCUGAAGACCCUCUUGAUACAGCUGCCCGACUCUAACUACAGCACCCUACGGCACCUGGUGGCCCAUCUGUUCAGGGUGGCCGCGAGGUUUGAGGAAAACAAGAUGUCUGCCAACAACCUGGGAAUCGUAUUUGGGCCUACACUGCUGCGGCCACCAGAUGGUCCCAGGGCUGCAGGUGCCAGCCCUGCAGCCUGCCUACUGGACUCUGGGCACCAGGCUCAACUUGUUGAGUUCCUCAUCCUCAACUACGAGCAGAUCUUUGGGAUGGAUGAGCUUCCUCUGGCCCCUGAGCCCUUGCCCCAAGACCCCUGCCCAGCUCCUGUACCCCUGGCAUCCAGCCCCCGGCCCCCAGCCCCAUUUCUUGUCCCAGACACACAGCCCCCAGCCAUAGCCUCAGACUCUAGCCCAGACCCCAAGCCCCACGAUGCCCUGGAGAAGCAGCCUAUGGCCACACCCCCUGAGGUUGCAACUCUACAAAGUGACCAAAGGGAGGAAAUGGUGGAAGACAACAGAGAUGGGACAGAGGGAGCAUCCAGCCACAGCCCCGAGGAUUUGCUCCUGGGAACACAAUCCCGGGGCCACUUCAGCCGCCAGCCAGUGAAGUAUCCCCGGGGAGGUGUACGGCCUGUCACUCACCAGCUGUCCGGCUUGGUCCUGGUGGCUUCCAAGCUUUCUGAGGAGGCUCCUAUCACUGUCUCGACAAUGCACCGAGGUAGUUUGAGGGGACGAGGCCAGGGCCCUGCUGCUGCCUCCCCUGAUGGCAGCCCCCUGCGCCGUACCCCUCUGCCUAAGCACUUUGAGAUCACCCAGGAGACAGCCCGGCUACUCUCCAAACUGGACAGUGAGGCUGUGCCCAGGACCGCCUGCUGUGCUGACCCUCAGCCUGAGGAAACUGAGGAGCAUCUCUGACUACCCACCAUCCUGAGAGACACAGGACUGAGGAGGUGGCUCUAUGUGUCUCCCCACCUGCCCCCACCUGGAGACCAAACCAAUUUGGUGGGGUGAAGGAAAAAGGAGUUUCCAGAAAAUUCCAAUAAGGAAAGACUAUCCUGUGGAAGACCUAAAACACUUGGUUUGAGUGUCUUAGCAUCUCUCUUGUCAGACAUGAGGUUUCAAAUGUCAGAGCCACACAGAUGCAAGACAGGUGACUCGGGGUCAGUUCUCAAUGGUCAGUACAGGUCCUAAGAUACUUAGAGUCCACCCUAGUCUCUGACCUCUGAGACAGAGGUAUCCGGCUGCUUUGAUCACAAUGGUUCCCAAGCCCACCUACCUCCUUGGCUGAUUCCAGGUGACCAGUUUUUGGAGUGGCUGGCCUGGAACUUACUAUGUAGAGCAGGCUGGCUUUGAACUCAGUGGAGAUCUGCCUGCUUCUGCCUCUGCCUCCCAAGUGCUGGUGGACUCUGGGUGCUGAUUGCCUGUGAAUAAAACUAUCCUGGGGCUGGUGAGAUGGUUCAGGGCAUAAACGUGCCUGAGGACCUGAGUUGGAUACCCUGGAUCCAAAUCGUAAAAGGAGAGAACUGAUUCCAGCAACUUGUCUGUCUUUUGGUCUCUGUGCACAUAUAGACAAAUAAGAAGUAAUGAUUUUUUAAUUUAA